AUGAGUGCUGUAGCAGACGACGAUAGCAUCAAGGUUUACUGUACAGUAACCGGUUUUACUGAAGACGCGAUAUGCGAGCUCUUGCGCAGCGACGUCCUGAGCACCGUCGAGGAAGUCAAAGAGCAGUUCACUGUCAAGUUUGUGCCAGGCCAAAGACCUCUGCGGAUUGUCAAACAUCAACGCGACAACUAUAAAGUACCGGAUUAUAGUGACCAGUCGUAUUUUUUGAUCGUGGACUCGGUCAACGCGGCGACAGAUGGCGUGCUACUCUGCGAUUUAGAAGCCGAACAUGGGUUCCCGGAUGCCGUUCGAAACAUGCCAGACAUGGCUAGUAUGACGGCGGCGUCUUUAGGAAUUGCCAACUCCGACUGGACUGAAGUACGGGAAGGAACAUGGCAAGAGCAGCAGCCGCCAGUACGCCGCCUCGCCGUGUAUGAUAACCGAACGAACGGAGACCGAGACAGCUUCCACCAACUCGCGAAUGCCGUUGACGUCGGAUUGCACUACGUAAACGACGAGGGGGACCCGCCAUCGCUAGGCAGUAUAGACGACCUUUUCAGAUAUGUGGCGAUAUCACUUGAACAGUCCUAUGACAAGGACGAGCUGAUCGGGCAGCAUCAGCGCUACGCCGAGGAGAAGGGGCUUGACUCGAAUCGCCUUGCGGUAGUUGACGACAAGUACGCCGACGAGGGCGCUCUGCUCAUUCAGGUAGAACCACAGAAGGAAUUGCGGUGCAAGCCUCCGGUGGCCGGUGAGCUGCUUUACUGGAACGCCAUUGGCUUCAUGGACUGGGAAGAAAUCGAGGAGUUCGCGUCCAAGCACUCUGAUUUUGAGCAAAGGUCAGUCGAACAACGAAUGGGUGCUCUGCAGCCGCCAAGCACGGCUGACCCCGAGAUCCCAGAGACUGAUGAGGCCGGCCGCGGCGACGAUGAGCUUGACAAGGUCCAGAGCCGGCAUACUCGGGACACGGAGGGUCAGCAAAACACGGAAGAGCGCCGGCUCAGGUAUUAUCGCACAAGAUUGGGGAUGGUCAUCGCUUCGAUGGAUCCGCAAGAAAUUCCUACCAACUUUACUCGGUCGCGCCAGGGGUCGGAAGGAGUCGAUGAGUUUGGAGAAAAGGGUCCAGUGCAGGAUACGAUUGUUGAAGAGCUUCCAUGGGAUUAUUACCUGACGAAAAAUGCUGCCGAGGAGGACGGCUAA